UUGGGAGUGUGGAUUAAUUAAAAGGAAAGCGAAAGGAGUGUAGUUUGUACGUGAGCAUUCGAAGAUCAUCUAUUCCAUAAUCCAUAUCUCAUAUCUCUCUCUUUCUCUCUCACACACUCUCUCAUCACUCUUCUGCUCUGUUGCACCCAUCAAUCAUCAAUCAUCAAUCAUCAAUCAUCAAUCAUGAACAAGAGGCCAAUAACCGCCGUAUACAAGGCCCUCCCCGAUCUCUGCAAUCGAGAACUCGGCCACCUCCCUGCCAGAAAUUUCGCUCUCCGCCUCGCCGCCUCCGAGGAUCUUGUCCUUCGUCUUGAUUUACUUAGGAAGCUGCAAAAGCACAGAGGCUGUGUCAACACUGUGAGCUUCAAUGCAGAUGGUGACAUUCUGGUGUCUGGUUCUGAUGACUUGAGGGUUAUUCUCUGGGACUGGGAAACUGGCCGUAUCAAACUCUCUUUCCAUUCUGGUCAUGCUAACAAUGUCUUCCAGGCCAAGUUCAUGCCUCACUCUGAUGAUCGAAGCAUUGUCACCUGUGCCGCUGAUGGACAGGUGAGACAAGCUCAAAUUCUUGAAAAUGGAGGAGUGGAAACUAAGUUUCUGGCCAAGCAUCAAGGAAGGGCUCAUAAGUUGGCUAUUGAGCCGGGUAGCCCACAUAUAUUUUAUACCUGUGGUGAAGAUGGAUCAGUGCAGCAUUUUGAUCUGAGAACUGGGUCUGCAACUGAACUUUUUACAUGCCAGCCAAUCAAGGACAGAUGGAAUUACAUGCCAGUCAUCCAUCUCAAUGCAAUUGCAAUUGAUCCAAGGAACCCAAAUCUCUUUGCGGUUGCUGGGUCUGAUGAGUAUACUCGACUUUAUGAUAUUCGCAAAUAUAAAUGGGAUGGAUCAACUGAUUUUGGUCAACCGACUGACUAUUUUUGCCCUCCACACUUGAUUGGUGAUGAGCGAGUUGGAAUAACAGGCUUGGCCUUUUCUGAACAAAGAGAGCUGCUUGUGUCAUACAAUGACGAGUUCAUUUACCUGUUUACCCAAGACAUGGGUUUGGGACCAAACCCUGAUCCUGGGUCCCCUAAAUCUAUGAACAGUGAUGCAAGUGAAAUUGGAUUUAAUCAUGGGUCUGUGUCAUCUCCAUCCACCAUGGAUGCUGAUGAGAAAAUCACCCCGCAAAUUUUUAAGGGACACAGGAACUGUGAGACAGUGAAGGGUGUUAACUUUUUUGGACCUAAAUGUGAGUAUGUGGUGAGUGGGUCAGACUGUGGUCGGAUUUUCAUAUGGAAAAAGAAAGGUGGUCAGCUUAUUCGUGUCAUGGAAGCAGAUAAGCAUGUUGUGAACUGCAUUGAGUCUCAUCCUCAUACAAUGGUUCUUGCAAGCAGUGGUAUUGAGCAUGACAUCAAGAUAUGGACUCCAAAGGCCCUUGAGAAAGCUACUUUGCCCAAAAAUAUUGAGCAGAAGGUUCUCGUGUUUGAUCAUAUUCAUUGGUUUACAAUUGGUGGCGGUGGCUAUGAUAUGUUUGAUGAUGAAUAUGAUGUUGAUAUGUCUGAGGAUGAUGAUGAUGAUGAUGAUGAUGAUGAUGAUGAUGAUGAUGAUGAUGAUGAUGAUGAUGAUGAUGAUGAAGACGACGACGACGACGAUGAUGACGAAGAUGAUGAUUGUGAUGAUGGGGAUUAUAUCAAUGAUUACGAUGAUGAUUGUGAUGAUGAUAACAACAAUGCUAUAGAUGAUGAUAAUAAUGAUGACAAUGACAAAGAUGAUAAUUUUGGUGGUGGUUGUAAUGAUGCAAAUUGAUGAAAAUUUUGUGUCCGACAGAAACCGAAGGCUAGGGGCUGGAUGUACCGGAUAGCUUCUCCGGAAGAUCUGAUGUUGCAACUUUUUUCACUUCCAAGGCGAAGGGUUAGGACUGAAAGCGGUGGAGGAAACUCAGCUACAGAUCGAGACCUUCUACAGUUGAUAUUGACAUUCAAUGCUAAUAGUGACAGUUCUAACGAUGAUGAAGAAAACGAUAAUGAUGAAGAUACAAUCAGCCAAGACGACUUGUUCAGUUAGUUAAAAGUUACACAUCGGUCAAAUCUUGACCUCUAAAAAUGCUA